CCCAUAUAAAGUAUUGUACGCAGAUCAGUAUCCUGUCCAGUCCAACACUGCUUGCUGUUCUGUUCUUCACAACCUACGACAAAAACAAAAGCCAAUAUUCCUUCAAUUUAUCGGCCAUUCCAAUGCUAAAUCUCUUGGCACAAACCCUUUAUCCGAAUCUUCCUUCCUAACCCAUCAAUUUCAUCGCCUUGUCUAUACUAAAAACUCAAUAUUAUCAUAUAGUCAAACACUAAUCCCACUUAAGUGCUUGUUAAAUUUUUGUUUGCUUGUUUGUUUGUUUGUUUUUUUUUUUUUUUCCCCUUUUUCAACCAAUAAUUCUCAUACCCAGAGGUGCUUUUGAGAAAUCAAGAUUAUUCUGACGAAACUUUUGCUUGUUUGAUGGCUCUUCAUUUAAGUGUUUUCUGCUUUAGCAGUACUGUGGCCUCUGGUCCCCAUAAUGGAGUCAGAUUUUUCAGUCAGCGCACUGUCAAAGCUUCCCGCUUUUCAUGUCAAUCGUUAGCUCCAAUUUCUCGGGUGAAUUUGAAAGGAAAAGCAUUUCCAGGUGAUGGGGUACCUGAAACCAAGGAAUCCUCCCUAGUGGUUUGUUUUGGGGAAUUGCUGAUUGAUUUUGUCCCAACUAUUAGUGGGCUUUCAUUGGCUGAAGCACCUGCAUUUAAAAAGGCUGCCGGAGGUGCACCUGCUAAUGUUGCUGUUGGAAUAGCUCGUCUUGGUGGCUCAUCAGCUUUUAUAGGGAAGGUUGGUGAAGAUGAAUUUGGGUACAUGCUUGCAGAUAUAUUAAAGCAGAAUAAUGUGAAUAAUGAAGGGAUGCGUUUUGAUCCUGCUGCACGAACUGCUUUAGCAUUUGUUACACUUAAGAGCGAUGGGGAACGUGAGUUCAUGUUUUUUCGUAACCCUAGUGCUGAUAUGUUGCUACGAGAGGCUGAACUUGAUUUUAAUUUAAUUCGGAAGGCAAAAAUUUUCCAUUAUGGUUCUAUUAGUCUUAUAACUGAACCAUGCAAGUCAGCCCACAUUGCUGCAGCAAAAGCUGCGAAGGAUUCUGGUGCGGUUCUGUCAUAUGAUCCAAACCUGAGGCUUCCAUUAUGGCCUUCCGCAGAAAGUGCCAGGGAAGGGAUUUUGAGUAUAUGGAAGAUGGCAGAUAUUAUCAAGGUAAGCGAGGAAGAAAUUUCUUUUCUAACGCAAGGGGAAGAUCCAUAUGAUGAUGCUGUUGUUCUUAAAUUGUUCCAUCCAAAUCUUAAAUUACUCCUUGUCACAGAGGGCCCAGAUGGUUGCAGGUACUACACCAAGAACUUCAGCGGGAGAGUUAGGGGUUUGAAGGUAGAUGCAGUGGACACCACUGGUGCUGGGGAUGCCUUUGUUGCUGGAGUGCUAUCCCAAUUAUCUGUUGAUCUCUCUUUGCUUCAGAAAGAGGACUUACUGAGAGAUGCUCUCAAGUUUGCCAAUGUUUGUGGUGCAUUGACUGUGACGGAGAGAGGUGCAAUACCAGCUUUGCCAACUAGAGAAGCUGUGCUGGAUGCUAUGCUUCAGUCUGUAACAUAGAUUUACAUCCCAACAUCUGUUAAGUAAGUACCUUCUUGGGUCCUGGCUAUUUGUUGGAAGAUGAUGAUGAUCGUACAGAAUAAAGCAAAAUUUCAGAAGAGAUAAGUUAAAUGUAACAUCUGAAAUUAUUUUUAUUGAGCAGAUUCAUAGAUCUUGUAUAAGAGACUUCAAAAUACAAAUAAUAUGGUUGAUGUGUUUGUGAUUUCUGGUUAAA